ACUUGAAUGCAGCAUUCACCCCUGACACUGUAUCGCGGGAAAUUCAGUAGCACCCAGGCGAUGUUUUUGUCAUUUGGAUUACAGAUAAACUGAAUAUAUAUACUGAUAUAUUGCGGUGAAACUACCGAAAACGGUGUUACCGGUGUAACUGGUGCAGUCCCGCCUGAAAAUGUCAAAAAAGAAAGGACUCAGUUUGGAAGAGAAGAGAACUCGCAUGAUGGAGAUUUUCUUUGAAUCAAAGGACGUGUUUCAGCUUAAAGACAUUGAGAAGAUUGCUCCCAAGUCAAAGGGCAUUGCUCCAAUGACGGUGAAGGAAGUGCUACAGAGCCUGGUGGAUGACAACAUGGUGGACUGCGAACGAAUUGGCACCUCCAAUUACUACUGGGCUUUUCCCAGUAAGGCCUUACAUGCUUGCAAGCACAAGCUGGAUGAGCUGCAGAAACAGGCUUCUGAUGCAAAGCAGCGAAAAGUUUCUAUAGAGAAAACAGUGGAAAAGGCAAAAGUGGGACGAGAAGGAACGAAAGAAAGAAGCUCUCUGCUGAAGCAGCUGCAGUCUCUGAGGGAAGAGCGAAUGAAGCUGCAAGCCGAGCUGGAGAAAUACCGCGAGUGUGACCCCGACGUCAUCAAAGCGAUGAGAAAGUCAAAUGUUGUAGCAAAAGAAGCUGUCUCCAGGUGGACAGACAAUGUUUUUGCUAUCAAGUCUUGGACAAAAAAGAAGUUUUCUUUUGACGACAGCCGCAUCAACAAGGCUUUUGGCAUCCCUGAGGACUUUGACUACAUGGACUGAUUGGGAUAUCUUCCACAGAGGGAAAACUGUUUAUUGGAGAUUUUGUUUGAACUCAGUUUUCCAAGUGACUUAAUUUCAAGUUUUUGUUGUGUUUCCUGGAGCAAAGAUAAUGCACGAGGAUUCAGUUGGCGAAAUCACAAACGUCUUGAAGAGAGACGUUUGUGAUUUCGCCAACCCAGAUGGAUUCAUCAGUACAGACGGUGCGUAGGUGCAACUGCAAAAUACAGUCAAGCAUUAGUGACUGAGUAGUGGCAGGGUGUGCGGGGCAUCUUGUGAUUAAAUAAGUAAGCAGACUGACAUGGUGGGCACCUGUUUGAAUAAAAACUGAGACCUCCAAGCUGAUGAUGGAAAAGAAUCAACUCUCAUUCCAACUGGAUCUUCAAUUGGAGUAUUUGCAUGUCUUCUACAGAUGACUUGGGAUCAAGUACUAAUGUACUUUUCCUCUUAGAUUUUCCAUGUUUGUCACAUUUGAACAUCCUUGAUUAAAUGCAGUUGGACAAAUACCGGAGUAAAAUGUUGAAGAAAAGUUUAAGUAAUAGUUUUGUAAAUAUUUACUACUUCAGGUGCAAUAAAGUUAUUUCAUUACAAAAAAAAGUGAGCAUGAGUUGCAUAGUCUUUGUACCAGCUGUUAUCACUGUUUAAAUUUUAGAUUUUUUUAUUUUUUUUACACCAGGUUUUCCAUUUUAUGUCUAUGCAAAAUAUGUCAUUAAAGCAUUUCUUCUACCAGA